AUGUGGCUGCGGCUUGGCCCGCCCUCGCUGUCCCUGAGCCCCAAGUCCACGAUUGGCCGGAGCCUGUGCCUCACCCUGUGGUUCCUCAGCUUGGUGCUGAGGGCCAGUACCCAGGCCCCAGCGCCCACGGUCAAUACUCACUUUGGGAAGCUAAGGGGUGCCCGGGUGCCACUGCCCAGUGAGAUCCUGGGGCCUGUGGACCAGUACCUGGGGGUGCCCUACGCAGCUCCCCCCAUCGGCGAGAAACGUUUCCUGCCCCCUGAGCCACCCCCAUCCUGGUCGGGCAUCCGGAACGCCACACACUUUCCCCCAGUGUGCCCCCAGAACAUCCACACAGCUGUGCCCGAAGUCAUGCUGCCCGUCUGGUUCACUGCCAACUUGGAUAUUGUCGCUACUUACAUCCAGGAGCCCAACGAAGACUGCCUCUACCUGAAUGUCUAUGUGCCCACGGAGGAUGUAAAGCGGAUUUCCAAGGAAUGCGCCCGAAAGCCCAACAAGAAAAUUUGUAGGAAAGGAGGAUCCGGCGCUAAGAAACAGGGCGAGGACUUAGCGGAUAAUGACGGGGAUGAAGAUGAAGACAUCCGGGACAGUGGCGCUAAGCCCGUCAUGGUCUACAUCCAUGGAGGCUCUUACAUGGAAGGGACGGGCAACAUGAUUGACGGCAGCGUCCUCGCCAGCUAUGGCAACGUCAUCGUCAUCACCCUCAACUAUCGGGUUGGGGUGCUAGGUUUCCUCAGCACUGGCGAUCAGGCUGCCAAGGGCAACUAUGGGCUCCUUGACCAAAUCCAGGCCCUCCGCUGGGUGAGCGAGAACAUUGCCUUCUUUGGUGGCGAUCCCCGCCGUAUUACUGUCUUCGGCUCGGGCAUCGGCGCAUCCUGUGUCAGCCUCCUCACGCUGUCGCAUCACUCUGAGGGGCUUUUCCAGAGGGCCAUCAUCCAAAGUGGUUCUGCCCUGUCCAGCUGGGCUGUGAACUACCAGCCGGUGAAGUACACCAGCCUGUUGGCAGACAAGGUAGGCUGUAACGUACUAGACACGGUGGACAUGGUGGACUGUCUUCGUCAAAAGAGUGCCAAGGAGCUGGUAGAGCAGGACAUCCAGCCAGCCCGCUACCAUGUGGCCUUUGGCCCUGUGAUUGAUGGUGAUGUCAUCCCUGAUGACCCUGAGAUUCUCAUGGAGCAGGGCGAGUUCCUCAACUAUGACAUUAUGCUAGGUGUCAACCAGGGCGAGGGGCUCAAGUUCGUGGAAGGGGUGGUGGACCCUGAGGAUGGCGUCUCUGGCACUGACUUUGACUACUCAGUCUCCAACUUUGUGGACAAUCUGUAUGGCUAUCCUGAGGGUAAGGACACCCUACGGGAGACCAUCAAGUUCAUGUACACAGACUGGGCAGACCGUGACAAUCCAGAGACCCGCCGCAAAACGCUGGUGGCGCUUUUCACUGACCACCAGUGGGUGGAGCCCUCGGUGGUGACCGCUGAUCUGCAUGCCCGCUAUGGCUCACCUACCUACUUCUACGCCUUCUACCAUCACUGCCAGAGCCUCAUGAAGCCUGCUUGGUCAGAUGCAGCUCAUGGGGACGAAGUACCUUACGUUUUUGGUGUCCCUAUGGUAGGCCCCACUGACCUCUUCCCCUGCAAUUUCUCCAAGAAUGACGUUAUGCUCAGUGCCGUCGUCAUGACUUACUGGACCAACUUUGCCAAGACCGGGGAUCCCAACAAGCCGGUCCCCCAGGACACCAAGUUCAUUCACACCAAGGCCAACCGCUUUGAGGAAGUGGCCUGGUCCAAAUACAAUCCCCGAGACCAGCUCUACCUUCACAUCGGGCUGAAACCAAGGGUCCGCGAUCAUUACCGGGCCACCAAGGUGGCCUUCUGGAAACACUUGGUGCCCCACCUCUACAACCUGCAUGACAUGUUCCACUAUACGUCAACAACCACCAAAGUGCCGCCCCCGGAUACCACCCACAGCUCCCACAUCACCCGCAGGCCCAACGGCAAGACCUGGAGCACCAAGCGGCCGGCCAUCUCCCCUGCCUACAGCAAUGAGAAUGCCCAAGGGUCCUGGAACGGGGACCAGGAUGCAGGGCCGCUCCUGGUGGAGAACCCUCGUGACUACUCCACUGAAUUAAGUGUCACCAUCGCUGUGGGGGCCUCCCUCCUAUUCCUUAAUGUUCUGGCCUUCGCCGCCCUCUACUACCGCAAGGACAAACGGCGCCAGGAGCCUCUGCGGCAGCCCAGCCCUCAGAGGGGAGCCGGGGCCCCCGAAUUGGGAGCUGCUCCUGAGGAGGAGCUGGCAGCAUUACAGCUGGGCCCCACCCACCACGAAUGUGAGGCUGGUCCCCCCCACGACACAUUGCGCCUCACUGCGCUACCCGACUACACGCUGACCCUGCGUCGCUCCCCUGAUGACAUCCCACUCAUGACACCCAACACCAUCACUAUGAUUCCCAACUCCCUGGUAGGGCUGCAGACAUUGCACCCCUAUAACACCUUUGCCGCAGGGUUCAACAGUACUGGGCUGCCCCACUCACACUCCACUACCCGGGUAUAGCUCCAGCCCAGAGCACAGCCUCUCUCCUGGCUCCCUCCCUCCCAGAUCCACGGACACACAUGCACACAG